ACUCAAGGUAUCGCUCACCCGGCCCAUGACGCUGGACUGAUUUCCCUCUACAUCCUAAACCCACAACUAAAUCCAUCAGAAGAAGCUUACCAACAGCGCGCGCAGACUCUGCGAUCCAAGAAUACAAACGAUAUAUCAUUGCGCGAGAAGCCCCAAGCCAAAGAUCUUCACAGUACCUUAUACGAAGAAGCCGCCCAUUUGCGACACCCACAUCCAGCAAAAACCCCCAAUAAACCAGCAACCGGCCAUUAACAGCAAAAUCAAGAAGCAGCUGCAUAGCAAUCAUGGAGGGCGAGGUGAGUGACAAGCCUGCGACAAAUUGCACAUACAUUUUCCUAUCAACCCUUAUUGAAAAGGCUGCUGGUACAUGACACGAAAAUACAACCUACCCACUACAAUACAGGCCUGGCUUUGAACUUCAAAUGCUUGUGCCAUGCUUUCAUGGCGUGUCUUGUACCCUCUGGACCACACAGGCCCAAUCUUUUACCCCUCCAAAACCCUCGAGUGCCUCAUCAACGAACCUAUCAGGUUCCUCUUAUCGCUUUUUACCCCACUACCUUUUGUUGGUGCGAAAGUACCUCUGGUAUUGUCGUACACCACUUUCUGGGGGGGAAGGCAGGCGAUUUGGCAUCGAUUUAUUUUACUGUUUGGGCCUUUGACUCACAUUUUCCCAACCGCCACCUUCACAUCAUCAUCUAUCCUCUACAGCCACAAAACAACACCGCAUCCCUCAAUCGGAUUCGUUACUAACCUCGUUAUUCUUUUUGCUUUAUUUACAGGUACCAACCGAACGCAAAUCACGCAAAUCCGUUGCCUUCACCGACGAACAAGUUGUUGUCGACGCUGACGGUUCAGUGACCAUGGUUAACGCUACCGAAGAACCCAAGGAUUCGGCUCAGUCCCAUACGCCUCGUACGCCGCCGCUUUCUGCCGCCCUUGAGUCCUUUACUGAUUCGCAAACGACAGCCGCUGAGGACCUCCCCCCAGCUGAGGAUGGUGGUCUCGACCUUUCCCUGCUCAAGAAGAAGAAGAAGAAGUCAAAGAAGGUCGACGACGCCGAUGCCGACGCCGAUGCCGCCCCCGCUGAUGAUGCUGCACCCGCCGAGGAUGGAGGCCUUGACCUGACUCUGAAGAAGAAGAAGAAGAAGAAGGCUCCCAAGGGCGAUGAUGAUUUCACCAAGCAGCUCGAGAAACUUGAGCUCAAGGAGGGCGAGGAAGUCGAGGAGAUUCCUCAGGAGCAGGAGGGUGAUAUGAACGAGGGAACCGGCAUUUGGGCUCACGAUGAGACCAAGACCAUUGGCUACAGCAUGCUUCUUUCUCGCUUCUUCCACCAACUCACCGAGAGAAACCCCGACCACACUUCCCCAGGAACCAAGAGCUACAAGAUCCCCCCUCCCCAGUGCAUGCGAGAAGGCAACCGAAAAACCGUCUUUGCCAACAUCGCCGAUAUUUCUAAGCGUAUGAAGAGAACCGAGGAGCAUCUUACCGCCUAUCUUUUUGCCGAGUUGGGUACCAGCGGUUCCGUUGACGGAAGCCGAAGGUUGGUCAUCAAGGGUCGUUUCCAGCAGAAGCAGAUCGAGAACGUUGUCCGAAAAUACAUCAUCGAGUAUGUUACCUGCAAGACCUGCAAAUCCCCUGACACCGAACUCAACAAGGGUGAGAACCGCCUUUACUUCAUCACCUGCAACAACUGCGGUUCCCGACGAAGUGUUACCGCUAUCAAGACUGGUUUCUCCGCCCAGGUCGGCAAGCGAAGAAAGAUGCAGGGCUAAGCAGCUCCGCGAUCUUCUCUUCCUUUCGAUGCUGCCCCGCCCACUGCCAACAAAGUUCUUGGUUUGUGGUAUUGGGGAGGGCAUGUAUCGUGGCAGUGUUCCGUUCUAACUAUGCAGUUGAGUCUAUGCUGCAAAUGAGCGGCUUCUUUUUCCAGCUGUGUAGUCUCUAUGAAGGAUGCAUUUUUCGGAUUUUGCUUUAGGCAUUGCUAAUGGCCGCCUACUCCGCAAAUUAUGGUCUUUAGGGUCAAAAGGAGUGAUGCUGGACUCAUACAACGGGUACCAGGGUGAUGAUGUGGCGUAUGGAUUAUGUACAUGAUGCCGGAAUGAAUCAAGACUGCAGCCAAAACCACAAGUCGCUUGUGCAUGAGUGACAGGAACGACGAUGCGUAUUUGAAUAUGUUGAGUGCCAUGAUUUUAUAUAGACGUGAGGAGGAUGUGUACACAAAAAGUAUGCAAAUAAAUUACAUACCGAAAGGUCUUUAUUAACGCGAGAACAGCGUAUUUCACACGCCUUGAUGUGGUAAUCCAACCACGAAUCCACCCCUUACUCCUAUCUCUGAAAGUUGAGAACUAGUACUCACACCACUAGGGUGUGAGAAACAGCUGGUACAUAAAGUAGAAACUCUGUAGCAACAGAUGAUUUACCCCCAGACGCAAAAUAAGUACAUAAAAAUAUGCCCCGGUUGUUCUCCCAGGCCAAACCAAUAAAAUCCCCU